AUGAAUAAAGAAUAUUUUCGUUUCUAUAUUAAAGUACGUACUACACUUUAUAUCGAACCGAUAGUUAUUUAUAAUGAAUUAAGUGCUGUAUUUGGUGAUGAAGGUCCUCCUCUUCGAACUUUUCAACAAUGGUUAAAAUGGUUUCGUGACGGUCGAGAAGAUGUUGAAUAUGAAGAAAGGGUGUGUGUGGGUGUGGAUUCAUCUUUUAUUUAGCCACAUUCACACCCACCCUCCCCCACCCCAUCUCCUUAUUUCCGUGUAAAAACUUUUUUGAUGUAA